CAGUUCAGCAACGAAGCCGACGACGAAAGCAGUAAACAAAAUAAAAGUGAGGAGUUAGUGCAGAAAAUACGUACAACGGUAAUAAAAAAGAGGAAAGACUAAAUAAUCAGAAUACUAUUUUCCAAAAAUAUCACUCAGCCAGGAGAACAUGGAAGCCAAAAUGACUGAUCCGGAGGCAGAUCUAAAAUUAUUGCUAAAAGCGGUAAAGAAAGCAUACAAAGCACAGAAAUUGCUAAACGAAGCCAUUAAACGGUUGGAGGCUUCAAACGAAAAACAGAAGAAGAAGCACAAGGAGCCGAAGAAUAGUGGUAAUAGUAGCUCUAGUUCAAGUUCUGGUACUAGCUCUAGUUCCAGCUCGAGUUCUAGUUCCAGCUCAAGUUCUAGUGACACUGAUGGCGAAAUAUUUAUCGAUUUAACGAAAGAAGUAAGCAAACCAUCCAAACGUCACCAUGGACGUAAACACCAUCAUGGACGACGUAAUCGUCAUGGACGUGAUCGUUCGCGCUCUCGUUCGCAUUCUCGCGGAAGAUCUCGUGGUCACUCACGCGGUCAUUCCAAGACACGUGAUGAAGAGUUGCGUCAACUGUCGAAAUGUUUUCGUGGCGCCAGCCUGCAAGCAACACAUGGUCCUCACCAGAAACACCACUGGCACUUGCGAUCACAUACUAGACCCGAAGUAGCUGGUAGAGCAAACAGGGGAUCUCGAUCUAAUUCACACGAAGGUCACAAAAAAUGCGAAGAUAACAAAAGGCGUAAGGAUAAGAAGCGCAAGGAACCGAAAUAUAUUGAUACUAGUAGCUCUAGUUCAAGUUCUGGUACAAGUUCAAGCUCCAGCUCCAGUUCGAGUUCUAGCUCAAGUUCCAGUUCUAGUGACACUGAUGGUGAAACUUUUAUCGAUUUGAAGAAUAAAGUGGGCAAACCUUCAAAACGUCACCAUGGCCGUAAGCACCAUCAUGAAGGACGUAAUCGACGUGGACGUGAUCGUUCGCGCUCUCGCUCGGAUUCUCGUGGACGAUCUCGUGGAAACUCUCGCCGUCAUUCCCGUGGAUGUUCUCGCGAACACUCACGUGGACUUUCAAGGGGACACUCACGUGAUCGUUCCAAGACACGUGAUCAAGAGUUGUGUCAACUGGCGCAAUUUCUUCGCGGCGUCAGCCUACAAACAGUAGGAGGAGCUAUUAAACAUGGUCGUCAUCAUGAACACCACCGGCGCUUGCGAUCACAUACUAGACCCGAAGUAGCUGGUAAAGCAAACAGAGGAUCUCGGUCUAAUUUACACGAAUGUCGCAAUAAACGCGAACAUGAGAAAAGGUGUAAGAAUAAGAAGCGUCACAGCGCUAAGGAUCAGUCAAAACAUGAGGCGGAAGGAUUCCAAAGGCAGAGACGUAGGGCACACAGUGAGCCUCGUCAUUAAAAGGAGCAGUGCUACAGAAGUUUUUCAGUUUUAGCUUUUAUAUUGUUAACAUUAUUAUCAUUAUAUUU